GCUGCAUAUCACAAAAUCAACAACUUCCGGCCGUGACAAGGACAGAUAACUCUCACAUAUGUACAUAGAUUUGAUGACAGUUUCAACCUUUCCAACAAGUGACCAUGCUGUACCCCAAAACGACUUGGCGGGGAUCAUAUUCGAUACUGAGGAGAUCAAAACAGACAUGGAAAAAAUGGCUAUCAACUCUAAAUAUCACGGAUCAUCAGGACAUGGAUUACAUCCACAAGGUAAAAAGAUCGGAGAUCGUGGGCCUGCCCAUAGUUCAUCACCAUGGCUACGUGAGUGACCUACCAAUCAAGCACAGGUUUGCUAUGAGGAAGUUCCAUGGAGUGAUGAGAUAUUUGAGGAAAGACAAUGUUAUAUCGGCCAAGCAAAUGGUGGAGCCUACCUGGAUUGAGACAGCUGACAUGUGUACCGUACACACAGAGGAUUAUGUACACAAGUUCUUGAACGGCUUGACAACAAAGCAGGAACAGCGAAUCACAGGGUUUGAGUGGAAUCCAGGUCUGGUCAGUCGAUGUAGAUAUGAAACAGGUGGGACACUAUUAGCUGCAAAAUUGGCUCUGGAAAGGGGCGUGGCCUGUAGCACAGGGGGAGGAACCCAUCAUGCAUUCCCUGAAUAUGGGUCUGGUUACUGCCUUAUCAAUGACCUUGCCAUUGUUGCUGCGACCUUGAUCAGGGAUAAAAUGGUGGACAAGGUCCUUAUCGUUGAUUUAGAUGUCCAUCAGGGUGAUGGUACAGCAGUAAUGUUUCAACACAAUGAUGAUGUGUUUACAUUUUCUAUGCAUUGUGGUAAAAACUUUCCUCACAGAAAACAAUUGAGUGACUUAGACAUAGAACUGGAUCCAGGAACACAGGAUGAAGAAUUCCUGGAGAGUUUAUCCACACAUCUUCCUUGGGUGAUUAAUAGCUUUCGUCCCAACCUCAUAUUGUUCGAUGCUGGCGUUGAUCCACAUGUGAAGGACGAGUUAGGAAAAUUGAAUCUCUCUGAUCAAGGAUUAUUUGAUAGAGACAGCUUUGUAAUUAGUACAGCCUUAAACCUUGGCAUCCCCAUAGCAACUGUGAUAGGAGGAGGUUAUCAGCGAGACCUAGAUGUCUUGUCAAGGAAACACACGAUAGUUCACAGGGCAGCCAUGAAGAUAUGGAGUCAACACAAUAUGGCCAUUGCAAUGUGAAGAAGCUGGGACACACAGCACUUAUAUCAAGUAGAACUGUUGUACCCUGUGAAGCUGUGAUCAAAGUGAUAUAGUUAAUAUACUGCCUGGACAUUUUGUGGGUGAAUUAGGACAAUUGUUGUAUCAACUCGGUGUUCAUCAGUGAUGACUAAGAUGCAACAAUGGUUUACCAAUCAUUUACUCUUUAUUCAUCGUUAAAUGGCCCAUGUUCUGGCCUUGUAAGGCCGAAUCUUAACAAAAUAUCAACCAAAACAUUCUUAUUUGUCAAUCAUAAUUUUUGCUCACCUGGUCCAAAGAGUUUCUAACUAGGAAAUGAUUAGAUCUUCAUCCUUUAACCAUAUAUACAAUAUAUGAGUAUAAAGUGAUUAAUACACAUGCUAUCAGGAUGGCCCCACCGGUACCCUGAGGUUUCUUGGUCCCAAGCAAUUUAGAAAUGGUUGAGAUCCCCACCACAUAACUAUAUAUAUUCAAUAGCUUGGCAUAAAGAGACAAUAAUAUUUAUUAUUAGAAUUGACCCAUGCCCAUAGGGACUUAGUUCCUGGGUCAUAACUUUGAAACAGUUGACAUUCUUACCCAAUAAGCAAAUACAUGUAUGAAAUUGCUUGGCACAAAGAGAUGAAUACAAUGAUCAUUAUAUUAGCUUGACCCUGGGGUCUGAACCCACCCCUUGGGGCUUAGUUACAGGGUCACAACUUAGAAACAGUCGAGAUCCCUACCCCAUAACUACAUAUAAAAUUGCUAGGCAUUAAGAGACAAACAUUAGAUUUGAUGCUUAGGGCUGGCCACAUUGUUUGGGAGUUGGUUCAUUACUUCGAAAAAGUCAAGUUCCCCACCCCAUAACCAUAUAUACAGUUGCUGGGAAUCAAGCGACAACACAAUCAUGAUAUUGGAAUCUGGGAACUGGCCACACCUUUACCAACUUGGUUAAUAACUUUGAAAUGGUCAAGAUCUCCUCAUAUAACAACAUAUAUAGGAUUUGUCUUGGUCUUCAUUUAUCUCUGGAAUCUUAUAUGUCAUACUACUUUUAUUGAGAAUAUAUUGCCACCAGUAAUACAGGCCCAAAGGGCCUCUUGUAUUUUAGAUGUUAUAUUGUACAAGAUAAAUUGAAAGCUUGUAAACAAAAUAUAUAUCAAGUUGUUUUGGUGUUUUGGGAAUUUCCACUAGAAUUUCAGCACCCAAAACAAGCCCUAAUUUUUGUAUCCAAUGUGAUCAAAUAAAUAUAUUUUUCUUUUUUUUAAUAAACCCAAUCUUACUUGCACUGGGUUACUUUCUUUUCUGUAUUGUACCCGAGACAUGAAAAAGGUAUUCGACCCCAAUAGAUAUAUAUACAAUGUACAUCAAUAUAUCUGCAACAAGGGGAUAACACAUUGUACAGUGUCAUAAAGAUAUUUGUGUGAAAAUUCAUCAAACUUAGUAAUCUGUAACCAAUCAGAAGUUAAAAGUCCAGACAAAUAUUGGACAACAAAAACAUUUGACCUUGGAUACCUUGAGCAUUUGAUAUAAACUCUUUAUAUAGGUGACCUUUGACUCUGGUCUUAAAAUUUAGCCUUCAAAAGUUAUAAGCUUUUUUCUUAAAGUUUGGUUAACAACUGUGUUUAUAUAUAUAUAGUGUUCAUCUUUCAUUCACCACUUCAAGAAAAAUCGAUGUUUCACAAAGCUACAAUAAAGUGCAACUCAAAAUAAAUUAUAG